AUGUUGACACAUCCUGUUCCACUUUCGAACCUCUGUUUUUUUUUUUUAAUCGUCUCACUUCGCAUAGGGCAUGGAGCGCAGCGGCCUCUUCACUGUGUGGCGCAGCUUCAGCGGUGCUCGCCCAGGCGCCUCUGCGUCAGAUCCCGCGCUUCUGGCCGUAGUGGUGGACGGCGGCGCGCCAUUCCCGGCUGCUUCUGCUGCGGGGUGCCAGAAAGCGACGAUGUUGUCCUCGCCGCCGGUGAUGAGGCGGUCUUCGCCGAGGCCGACGGCGAUGCGGCAGACCUCCGCGUGCACCGGCGGCAGCGGUGUG